CGUGCCUGUUAUGGUUGCCACUGGGGUGUUGGGUAGAGGAGUUGAUCUGCUGUGUGUAAAACAAGUGAUAGUGUUUGACAUGCCAAAUUCCAUUAAGGAGUAUGUGCAUCAGAUUGGAAGAGCGUCUAGAAUGGGAGAGGAAGGUGAAUCAAUCGUAUUCGUUAAUGAGGAAAAUAAGAAACUAUUUCCAGAUUUGGUUGAUACCCUCAAAUCGUCUGGAGCCUCCAUUCCGCCCGAGCUGUCUAAUUCGAAGUACACCAUUGGCUCUCUCUCUGGUGGCAGGCAUCAUCAGAAGAAAAGGAAGAGAUUCAAUUGAAGUAAGCUGUGUGUGUUCAUUGUAUUUUCUCAUGUGACUGAUUGGCCUAUACCUUAUACGCAUUUUCUGGGAUCUGAACGGAGGACCCAAUGACCCAUAAAAGAACAGCACCUUUUUAGUUAUGGUUGCUAAAGUGUCUUGCUGAUGAUGAAAGUUAUCACUAAUGGGAGGUCCUGAGUUAUAUUAUUUGAUGGGAGUUCCGAAUGAGCUGCCAACUGACAGAUAAUGAGAAGCAGUCAGGACACAAUCUGAGGUAGCGGAUGGUGCCCAGUGAGCUCAACUACAACUCUGUAAGGCUCAACUUAGAGAGCUCUAGAUAACCAUUGGUAGAUGUAAAUUUGUUGUGUCUCGUGAAUAUAAACUUCGUCUCAGUAUUAUAGAAUAUAGAUUAUGCUCUCCUUCAGUCAGUUAGUGUAGUGGACUUGGGAUGUUUACUUGUGAUUAAAUUGACUUAACCAUUCAAUCAUUGAGUCCUGUUUAUUUAUAACUUGUUCGAAAACACAGCUUCUUCAUUCAUGGAAAACUCUUUCAGUCCUUCCCAUUGAUACACCUGAACAGACAUUUAUUUAGCUAAUUUUAUACCCAA